GCGCUGGACAGACGAGAUGCGAGCGCGGCCGCUCUGGGCCGCUGUGCUGGUGCUGGGGGCGCUGGCGGGCGUCGGCGUGGGCGUCGGAGGGCCAAACAUCUGCACCACACGAGGUGUGAGCUCCUGCCAGCAAUGUCUGGCCGUGAGUCCCAUGUGUGCCUGGUGCGCAGACGAGACCCUGCCUCUAGGCUCACCCCGCUGUGACCUGAAGGAGAACCUGCUGAAGGAUAACUGCACCCUGGAGUCCAUCGAGUUCCCCGUCAGUGAGGUCAGCACCCUGGAGGCCAGGCCUCUCAGCGACAGGGGCUCUGGAGACAGUGCCCAGAUUACACAAGUCAGUCCCCAGAGGAUCGCACUCCGGCUCCGGCCAGAUGACUCGAAGAGUUUCUCCGUCCAAGUCCGACAGGUGGAGGAUUACCCUGUUGACAUCUACUACUUGAUGGACCUGUCUAACUCCAUGAAGGAUGAUCUGAGGAACAUCCAGAACCUGGGUACCAAGCUGGCCUCCGAGAUGCGCAAGCUCACUAGUAACCUGCGGAUUGGCUUUGGGGCCUUUGUGGACAAGCCUGUAUCACCAUACAUGUUCAUCUCCCCACCAGAGGCCCUCGAGAACCCCUGCUAUGAUGUGAAGACCCCCUGUUUGCCCAUGUUUGGCUACAAACAUGUGCUGACGCUAACUGACCAGGUGACCCGCUUCAAUGAGGAGGUGAAGAAGCAGAGUGUGUCACGGAACCGAGAUGGCCCAGAGGGUGGCUUUGAUGCCAUCAUGCAGGCUACAGUCUGUGAUGAGAAGAUUGGCUGGAGGAAUGAUGCGUCCCACUUGCUGGUGUUUACCACUGAUGCCAAAACCCAUAUAGCGCUGGAUGGAAGGCUGGCAGGCAUUGUCCAGCCCAAUGACGGGCAGUGUCAUGUUGGCAGUGACAACCAUUACUCUGCCUCCACCACCAUGGAUUAUCCUUCUCUGGGACUGAUGACCGAGAAGCUAUCCCAGAAAAACAUCAAUCUGAUCUUUGCAGUGACUGAAGGAGUAGUCAAACUCUACCAGAACUACAGUGAGCUCAUCCCAGGAACCACAGUGGGAGUUCUGUCUGCCGAUUCCAGCAAUGUCCUCCAGCUCAUUGUUGAUGCUUAUGGGAAAAUCCGCUCUAAAGUAGAGCUGGAGGUGCGUGACCUUCCUGAGGAGUUGUCUCUAUCCUUCAACGCCACUUGCCUCAACAACGAGGUCAUCCCAGGCCUCAAGUCUUGUGUGGGACUCAAGAUUGGAGACACGGUGAGCUUCAGCAUCGAGGCCAAGGUGCGUGGCUGCCCCCAGGAAAAGGAAAAGUCCUUUACCAUCAAGCCCGUGGGUUUUAAGGACAACCUCGUAGUCCAGGUCACCUUCGACUGUGACUGUGCCUGCGAGGCCCAGGCGGAGCCUCACAGCCACCGCUGCAACAAUGGCAACGGGACCUUCGAGUGCGGGGUGUGCCGCUGUGGGCCCGGCUGGCUGGGGUCCCAGUGUGAGUGCUCAGAGGAGGACUACCGGCCCUCCGAGCAGGACCAGUGCAGCCCCAAGGAGGGGCAGCCUGCCUGCAGCCAGCGGGGCGAGUGUCUCUGUGGCCAGUGCCUUUGCCAUAGCAGUGACUUUGGGAAGAUCACGGGCAAGUAUUGCGAGUGUGAUGACUUCUCCUGUGUCCGCUACAAGGGGGAGAUGUGCUCAGGCCAUGGCCAAUGCAGCUGUGGGGACUGCCUGUGUGACUCCGACUGGACCGGCUACUACUGCAACUGUACCACACGCACCGACACCUGCAUGUCCAGUAACGGGCUGCUGUGCAGCGGCCGGGGCAAGUGUGAAUGCGGCAGCUGCGUCUGCAUCCAGCCGGGCUCCUACGGCAGCACCUGUGAGAAGUGUCCCACCUGCCCUGAUGCCUGCACCUUUAAGAAGGAGUGUGUAGAGUGUAAGAAGUUUGACCGCGGAAUCCUAUAUGAGGAGAACACCUGCAACCGUUACUGUCGAGAUGAGAUCGAGUCUGUGAAGGAGCUUAAGGACACUGGCAAGGAUGCAGUGAAUUGUACCUACAAGAAUGAGGAUGACUGUGUCAUCAGAUUCCAGUACUUUGAAGACUCCAGUGGAAAGUCUGUCCUGUAUGUGGUGGAAGAACCAGAGUGUCCCAAGGGCCCAGACAUCCUGGUGGUCCUGCUUUCAGUGAUGGGGGCCAUUCUGCUCAUUGGCCUUGCUACUCUUCUCAUCUGGAAGCUCCUCAUCACCAUCCACGAUCGGAAGGAGUUUGCGAAGUUUGAGGAAGAGCGAGCCAGAGCAAAAUGGGACACGGCCAACAACCCACUGUAUAAAGGGGCCGUAUCCACCUUCACCAACGUCACCUACCGGGGCACUUAAUGACAAGCAGUUGACCUCAGAUCACUGUCAGACUGUCCCAGGAUUAUGGGCAUCUCUGUUGUCAUGUUUACAGGGGACAACAUCCGUGGGGUGGGACUGGGGACUUGGAGGGGGGAUUGGGAGAAUGUCAGUACGUGGAAGUGUGGGCCUCCAUGCGUGAGUGUGUGAGUGUGCUGUGUAUGCGGGAAUGUGUCAUUUAAAACAUGCCAUGUCCCAGAUCAGCGGAGCUCCUCAGCCUUUGUCCUCACAACGCCUUCUUCAGGGAUUCUUCCUGCUUAACCUGAGGGUGACCUACGUAGCUGAGCAGAUGGUCUUCAUUACCUCAGUGAGAAGCCAGCCAGCCUUCUUGGGCCAUUCUCCCUGAAGAAAAGAGCAGGGCCAAGGCCGCUCAUGCCAGAGAAAAGGACCUUGACUCCACCCUGAGUUGACGUUUCUUGGGCCUGACUCUCAGCAGCUGUUGUAGCAACGGCUGGGCUCUGCAGCCUUGUUCUGUCACCUGUACCUCUGUCCCCUCUCCCCUCCCUCUGGCUGAGGGAGAAAUCAGGGGAGAGCUGAACCAUCAGAGCUGCCUGUGCCUUUUGCAGUCACCUCAGUCCAGCACGGCUCUAUCGGAAGGGGAGUCCUGGCUACCUAAUUCUUUGAUCUGUUGGGGGAGAGAAUGGAAGGGCCACCCAGGGGUCAUACAUGGCCUGGGGGAAUGUGCCAGGGUCCCUCAGUUCAAAAUGAUAACCCUUCAGAUUUGCCUCAUUGGCAGCUCCACCUUAGAGGUUUGCUUAGAAGUGUUUCACCCUGAGACCAGCACCGCCUCUUACUCUCACUUCCACAUUCUCACUGCUGUAGACGUUCGCUACAUAAUGGGACUUGCACGACCAAAAAUGUUUCCCUCCAGGGAGGGUACUAUGGUUAGAGCCAGAGGUCUGGCCCGCCCUUCUGGCCUGCUGCCCCUUGUCCAAGGCAUCUCCACACACCCUACCCGGUGCUUUUAUGUGCUGCAUCCAUGGGGCUGACUGCAUUUAUCUACCUCUGGGGUGUCUUGUGAAAGAGUCAUUCCCACAGGUCUCUGAGUCUGCUGGGCCUAAGUGCCGAUGGCCACACAGGCUGAUGGCCCAAUAGCAUCAGCUUGUGUGGCCGAUUCUCCUGAGGGCUGGAAAACCUCAUUUUAACUCAGUCGUUAAUCUGAGAGGCCACAAGUGCAAUUUUAUUUUAUUUUUCUCAUUGGAGCACCUGAAACCACAGUGAGGCUUGCUUACACUAAAGGAGCAUGUAUAUAAACACACUUGUAUUAUAUUUGUAAUUUUAUUUGAUGACAAGAAAGGAGGAUAUAAAAAAACCACACAGACUUGGGCUGGAUACAGACAGCCCCAUGUGGCAUCAUCCUCAGCGAGUCACUGUCCCAUUGCUGGAUCUGUAAGGGCUUUCUCAUCCUGGACGCCUGUGGGCAUGGACACAUGGACACGCUGGACCCUUCCUGAGGAGCAGGGAUGGGCAACAGCAAUAGCAGUUGCUCCACUGGUGUUUACAUUAAC